CCAAUCAAGUAUCAAUCAGAUUACCAAUCAGAGCUUCGGACAUCAAUGUCGCUUAUCUUUUUAUAUAGGACUCUAGUAACAAUCAAAGGUGAUUGGCUGGAUCUAAAAGUAUGAACCAAUCGUCUCUAAUUGCUACUAACAACUAUUAAGGGGGGAAGCCGGUCUAGAAUUUUGAAAAAAUCGAAAAUUUGUUUUUUGUCUUAAAAGGUGCUUUAGGGUCUUAAAAAUAACAUACCAAAAGAUGGAUGCCGGAAAAAAUGUGUAAAUGCCCAAAUGCGACAGCACUCAAGUAUGCCCCAAGCGCCUUUUAUCCCAGUACGCGCUGUAAUUUUUGAGUACGGGAGCAAUUCACCUAUGCGCGUUGAAGUGUUCGAAGCUAUAAAGCCGAUAUACGAAAGACUUACGUCGGACGAUCUUCUCACUCGUUGUAUCGGACGCUACACGCAAAACAACAACGAGAGUUUCAACUCAACUGUGUGGGCGAUAGUUCCGAAAACUAUGAAUUCUUGCAAAGUGAUAGUGGAUAUUGCUACAAGUAUUGCUUCAUGUGUCUUCAACGAUGGACUAAGAUCAAUUUUGCACAUAUUCGAUGUCAUGAAGAUGAAAAUUGGACCAAACAGUUACAAUGUGUGCACGAAGAUAGAUGCGAACCGUAUCAAGAAAGCGGAACAAUCACUCAGUGUCGGCGCAAAAGAAACUCGCAUGCAAUUGAAAGCUUUCCGAAAGGAAAAAGAAGCCGAAGAGGUUGAUGUAGAAGGACAAUUGUACGGCGCAGGCAUCGCAGAUUAAAGGACCAAAAUUAAGGAGGUUAUGUCUUCGGCCAUGGAGCCACUGAAAAAAAAGGCGUCUUCGGAGAAAUGCUGGACAGCCGCCAUUUUGAAAUUAAUUAACAUGAAAAAAUUUGUAUUUGUACUUUAAAACCUAUAUUAUAAAACCUAUUUCACAGAUUUUUGGUUGAUCCUUUUGUUGAGUCACAAAAAAUUCAUAAAGUAUGCCCAUUUUUUCGCGCUCUAGAGCAGCUUCCCCCCUUAAUUUUGAUGGAGCAGUGCGAUUCACAGUAUCAGCAAAGAUUCAAAUUAGGAUAGAGAAGUACAAUAUUUAUUAAUUGAUACAGAAAAACUUGGUGAAGUGUUAAGAUAGUUGUUAGUUAAACGCGUGAAUCAGAGAGUCUGUUGUUUUUUGUGUGUAGACCGUGUGUUACGAAAAUGUAGUUAUCAGAUGCGCUAUCUGGGGGUCGAUUGUGUAUCUCGACUUUCCUCACUUCUCGUAUUUUCAUCUCACAUGAAAAAAUACGCGCGAUUGGCUAUGAGCAUAGUGAAAAUGCGAUAUCCCUAUGCUCACAUGAGUGAAAACCACAAAUGCGAAUGCGAACAAUGGUAGAAUACUUCAUAUAACCUUUAACAAACGGUGUAUCACCUCUGAGUUAAAUAAUCUCCAAUAAUCUCAAAGUCCCUCCUGUUGACAAUUGAUGACGCGUGUCCCGAGUAAGAUACCAAUUUAACAAAAACGGUGCGUAAAUAUUGCAUAAUUUAUUUACAAUAUAUACUUAUAUUAUUUACAACUUAUUAUUUAUUUAUUGUUAUUUAUUAUUUAUAUACUUAUAUUAUUAUUAAUUUAUUUAUAUACUUUAUACAAUUUUACAAUGUACCCUAACAGCACAAAGUCGACUUUAAGUCGACUAUGAGUCGGCCAUAACUGCUAGACGUCUGGAAAAUGGACGUCCAUAAAUUGACUUUAGACGACUUAAAGACGUCUACGAGGUGUGUUCAAAAAGUAUCGCGAAUUUUGAAUUUUCGCGGGUUACGUAUAUUCGAAUUUCGAUCUUUUU